GUUUGAAUUUAGGGUAUAAAAUCUUCUCUGGACAAUGAAUUCUCGAGAUCACCACGUGACUCUGCUUUUAUUCCGAGAGGAGGGUAAUGAGAGGCACGGAAGAAAACGUCUCAGAGAAACGAAGAUGGAGCAGUAGAGCGGUUGUGACAGUAACAAGUCACGGCCACUCACUUUUGCACGCCGUCCGUGUUUCUAUUGAUUCAAGAAGCGUGGUGGAAAAGAUCACACUAGCUGCCGUGUCGUGACCGUAGACGUGUCAGACGUAGAUGUGCCAGCAUUUUCGAAUGUGAACUACGGAAAAAGAUGAAAUGAUCCCGAGGAGACCUUCGACUGACCCAAACCAGACGCCUUCUCCGCGGCAAUGUGAUCAGAAAGGGGAAUCUGUCGUCGUCGAGGACAACGCACCAGAAUUUUGUACAAAUACAACCCUGGGCUGCGGUGUCGGUGGUUCCAAAAACGUCGUCCAAGUAGGGCGACAAUGGAGGAAUCACCUGCUUCUCUGGUACUGGUUCCAGGAUGCUCCUCCACCACCGCGAGUAAGAGUAGUAGUUUCACCUGCUCGGAACGCCAACAACACCCACGACAGCAGGGUGAAGAAGUCGAAAAAUGCAAUCAGCCCUAUGUGCUCCUGGGUGGACGACGACCAAAAGGAGAACAUCAAGAGGACCACGACAGUUCUUGUCCUACUUCUUUGGAAAACGCCGGUCGUGGAGCUUGUGUAAUAGAAGUAGAAAGAGAAACUACCACAGAGCUACUACACCAGGCGCUUGUACAGACACCUUUGCCAACGCCGCCGUCACUUGCAACUGGAGAGGCUGCACGAAAUAGAACUACAGCCGUUGUAGUUCAUCUUGACGAGGAUCAUGCAGGCGCGGCAAGAGCGGCGACGUCGACGUCGGCACCAGCGAUGCAUGAAAAUGCCACGACUUCUCUUCAUGCAACAGCGACAGGACCUUCAGCCCCUACUGCACCUCCUAGUUGUGGAGCGGACGAACUACCACCCUCUACCAUUCCACCUCCACCCCCAACCUUCGUCGACGUGCUUUUCUACGUGCUCCCGUUUCUGACCCAGCAAACAACAAAUACGCUGAAGCAAACCGGCGCAGCAGUUUAUCAGCGCUUAUCGGAAGAGGACUGCCAGCCGCUCCUCUCCCACUACAUCCACAAUGUGACGAGCAAAGGGCCGGGGCAUUGGGGACUCGGGGAGAGCGUGUUGGAAUCCUGGAGAAUCGUCUUGCAGCAGCAGAAGAACGGGAAGAUUUGGCAAAUCAAAAACCUCCGGUCGGUGCGAUUGGAGGCGAAAAAUCCGUUUCAAGCGGCUAAUGUGGGAUGUUUUCUGAAGUGUUUCGUGGAAUGCUGUAAAACGGAACUGGACGGAAAAUUACCGGCGUUUUUGCGGGAAUUCAAAGUCGUCAUUCCUGUCCGGUAUCUGCAUGCUUGGGAGAAAAUGCGGCCCUAUGGAAAUUGAAUAACUAUCUUUUUUGCUCACGACGAGGAAAGGAGGCACACUAGCAAUAUCUAGGAUGCUUCUUUUGUCAUGGACGAAGUAUUCCUUAUUUGCUGUCAAUUCUUGCAUUCGAAUUGCGUCGACGUCGCCUACUUUGCAGUUCCUGGUUUGCACCACGACCGGUGGUUUGUAGUUUCCAGGCAGCCCGUCGUCCUACACACUUAUGACGUCAGCAGAUUCAGGUGCCUCUUUACGCCUUUCCUGCUGGCUGUGGCUACGUCAUGCGAAGAUGGUUUUUUCAAUUUUAGGCUCUUCCGUGGAUUAUCACUUUUGAGGACUACUUUUUCCUUGAAGAUAAAAUAGCAGAGCUGUCGGAGCGAGCUAAUCUUGAGCAGGCUCGCCUUCUGCAAAUCGAUGUCCGUGAUCUCCCACCUACGCACCACUUGGGCCUUCAUUAUACCAGCGAUUGUAGAAAUGAAAGAUAUGGUGCGGUGGAUUCGCUAGAAGACUGUGAUUGUCAUGUGCGAGGGGCUGCGGACUCGCCUUUUGCUGGUAAUUGCUUUGCUAUCUCCUUUUGCUUGCAGUCAUUGGUAGAGAACCCUCCACAUAAUUCAGACGAGGACGGAAAACAAAAGUAUUUCGCUAGUCUUUGCUUUCUGCAACCAAUGAAAUGACCGGAAGACCAGUAUCGACUUGGUGCUGUGUAUAUAAAUAUCACACGCGAGCAGGACGUACUUGCAAGUCCAGGC